AACACUCAAGAUCAAGGAGCAAUGGCAAGGGGCAGAGGGAUACGCGAGUUCUAUACCGUAGAAGACCAGGACGAGCUCGUCGCAUACAUCGCAAGGAAUAACCCACCCAAGGAAGGCCGCUGCGGCAACCGCCUCUACAUCCAACUCUACGAGAACCUCGACAACCAGUGGCCAUGGUCAAGCCGGCAUAGCUGGCAGUCCUGGCGUGCCCAAUAUGAGAAGAACCAGGAAUGGUACAACUAUCAGAUCAAGAAGUAUCAGAAGGAGCAUGGCAUCAAGAGGGACGCACCUCCAGUGAAGCUACCUACAACCGAGAGCGCGAAACGACCGGCAUCCAAGCGCGUCAAGAUCAAUCAUGAGACGCGAGCCCGUGAGCGGGAUAGUGGAGGAACGCUGGAGGCAGAGGGCUCGAAGCACGCCUCGAAGGCGCCGAAGAAGAAUGCAGUCAACGGAAAGUGCUCGUCCGCUGCUAAGAAGAAGUCGCUCCCUCAGAGUGAUCACAGUUCGCGGGAGCCUCCCAAUGACACCACCGAGUCUGCCCCACCACAGUCCAAUGGAAUCACGACCUCGUCCCCCUCGCGUAAUCCCGACCCUACACCUAAAGCUUCGACAUCCCGCCAGCCUCCCGCGCCUCCAUCUCCAUCCCCUCCACCAGCCAACGACCAGCCCCGUGAGGAUGUAAACGGGGCUCACACCAUCGCGCUUCCCGAGCUUCCGACUAGAACCGACACGCAAGUUCUCUCCUCGCCAAACCACACCGCCCCCGGCGUCCGUGGGCUCGCCAAUGCCUCUACCAUAUCCGUUCAUCAGCCCUCGCCCUCGUUCAACCCCUUCGGAGAGACCCGCACCCCGCUCAAGCGCAAGCGCGCGCUGUCAAUCGACGAAGACAUCUUCGGCACCCCGCCACCGUCUGCUCCUCAGCCAUCUUGUCCGGGAGCCUCUGCCCCGACGACGCGUAACGGACCCAGUGCACGAACGCUCCCAAGGACCGUGAACGGAUGGCACGGUGUCUCGCUCGAGGAUAGCCGGGGUCGCCCGCGGCCGCUGCUGAAGGAGAGCUUGGGAGGCGGCGGUGGUGAGAGCGAAGACGGAGAAGAUGGUGGAGGGAGCCAGCCGAGGAAGACGUGGCCCCCUAUUCGGGCGUCGCAGAGGCGCAAGCGAGAACAGGAGCCUCGACAGGCGCAGCAGGAGCCACAGACGCCGACGAAGCAGUCCAAUGGCCACCCAGCUGGGGAUGUGGAGAUGGUCAAUCUGGCGUCGCCGACCCCACAGAAGGUCGCUGCUCCAUCCCACCGACGCUCGCCCUCGCCCUCGCCUCCACUCGAGGAGGCGCAUCAUCCAUUCAGCCAGGCUCUGCCUCCACUUCAGUAUCCACCCCCAACUCGCCGGGUGCGGCCAGACAUCGACUACAUCUCGCGUCAACCAAAACUGCCGCGUUCAGCAGCAGCAGAGCCAGAAACACUACGGCAUCACCCUUUCAGCCAGGUGUACACCAACCCUUCGACGUCAGCUGUCCCGCCCGCACCUGCCGAGGCGGAGGGAAGGCGGAGGUCUCGGCGGGGGGUCCGAGCUGUGCUCAGCGAGUUUGUGGGCACGAGCUCAGGCGGUGCGGCAGUGGCCGGCGAGCAAGCGCAGCGCGAUCAGCAAGAAGGACUCAACGGGAAUGUCGAGCCCGCCGUGCCCAUGCAUUCGUCCAGUAGGCUGGAGCACGUCAAUGACACCACGGUCGCCAACGCUGUAGCGUCGAGCUCGAAGGUCACGCUCGACGAGAUGCCUGCGCCUGCGCCUACACUGUCUACCGCGGUCCCUCCGUCUCCUGCUCGCAUACCCGAGCCCUCCGCGAUCCCUGUCGGCGCCCCAGCGUCAGGCACUACCCCUACACCUCGCUCAGGAGCAAGGCCUCGUGCAUCGACGACUCGUCAAGAUAUGCGCGAGCUUGGGAGGAGGAUUAUCGACGGGUCGUAUUCACCUUUGAAGAAGGCGAGCUUGACCGCUCCCGGUGGUGUAGACUCUACGCAACGGACUACGUCUGCGACUGCGAGUCCGGAGAAGAAGGCCAGUGCUGUCGCCUCGGCUCCUGUAGCUGAGGUGGAGAACGAUGCUGCGUCCCAGUCUCGGCCUCAUGUUGAGUCUCGCGAUGAAUAUUCCGUCGUUUUGGGUGCAACGGCUCCUGAGCCUCCGUCUACCGAGGCCACGUCCCCUGUACCACCUACUUCGCAACGCAGCAUACGCAAGUUUACGCCUCCAAGUACGAUCGACGCAUCUCCAUUCCGCGUGUCCAACGUCCCAACUUCUGUAAUUGUGUCAAAAUCGAGGGCCGACGACAACUCUGCUCUGGACACUUCUGUUCGUACCACCAUCCCUCAUCCCCCACUAGGCUCCAGGUCCAGGUCCAGCGAACGCCCCGAGGAGCAACCCCGCCCUGCUCUCCCUCGCCACCUUGACCCCGACCUCAUACGCCGCCGCCAGACGUUCGGCGGGUAUGACACUUCCUCGCAUCAAGUCUACGCGCCGAGCGUCGACUUCGUCGCGCUUGCGGAGGAGGCUCGAUCGCGAUCGCGCGGGUCCUCGUCUGCUCGCGGCGUCUCGGAUAACAUACUCGCGACCAGAACGGUCAGCAAGCGAAAGCGGGCAAGGAUAUCAGUACCUGUAACGAUAUCUACACCACGCGCGGUAGAAGAAUAUGACUCCGACAACGGGCCCUAUCCCCAGCCUCUGUUCCCCUCCGUCUCCCGGUCCAUCCGCCUCGACCAAAGCCGAGUGUCUGACCCGAUAUCUCCAUCGACACACCACGCCCCACCCGCCCGCCCCUCCCUCUCCUCCGCCGACGCGUCCCUCGUCCUACAAGACCUCCCCGCACUGGAUCACCUCUCCCCCGCAGACCACACGCUCAUCACUCUGCACGGCUACUCGCACAUCAUCGCGCGCAUGGCCGCGCACCACGGGUUCGCCGUCGAGACCGUGCGUGCGUGCAUCGAGCGCACGCGCGACCUGCGCGACGCGGACGAGGCGCUGCGUGCGCUGCACGAUGUUGUCGCGCGCCAUGAGGACAGGGUGUUUAGGCGGGUGCGGAGGCAGAGUCGGGCGCGGAGGGCGUCGGAGGUGGGGGCGGUUCGGGGCGGUGCGGGGGAUGUGUUGGGUGGUCUGGUGGGUGGAAGUGCGGACAGAAGGAGGAGCGUGCCGGAGCCGCAGAGCGUUAAGCGUUUGAGCGGUGCGUCUCGGUGGGCGGCAGAGAUCGACGACGAGAGCACGCCUCUGGUUAGGCGCUCUGGCGGCACCGGCACGGUGGCCCGGAGCCAGGCACGCACGUCCGCGAGCGGGCUCAGGUACAAGGUCGUGAGCGGCGAUCUCGAGAGCCAGGAACAGAGCUCGGACUACGAACCGCCCAAGCAGACACGAGCGGCUUUGUGGAAGCGACUGUCGAUGGGUGCGGAGGCAGAGCCGGAUGAUUCGGAGGCGCAAGGCGGGUUUGGCGAAGAGGAGCAGGCGGCAGACGGGGGCGAGGACGAAACGGGUGGGGCGGAGGCGGAAGAGAUGCCGAUCGAUCUAGAUGAAGAUGAGGACCUGGAGAUGCGGCAAACAGAGACUGAAGACGACCCCGACAAUGUCAGCGAGGUCGAUGACGAUGGCAUCAGCAUCUCGGAUGGUACAGAUUCGGAGGGCGAGAUUGAAGCAAGCGUUCGCAUGUCACCACUAUCGGACGAGGUUGAGGGCGAGGACGAGCCUGGGACGCCAAUAGCAACGCAGGUCAAAGAACAACUGAAGCCCCGGCCGUCAGUGUUGCGCAGGGCGAUAGGUCUUUUCGCGAGGGAAUAGUAGCUCAGGAUGCGUCUGUAUGGAUAUAUCGUACCUUCUCAUCUUUGUUCCUUACCCGAUGUACAGUAUCAUGUACUCAGUUGGUCUUCUGUACAUCGUACAACUCAGCAGCUGCC